AUGUUCAGCGACGAUGUCGGCUGUGGCUUUAUCAAUACCACUCGCAUGGCGGAUGCUCUGCCCGUAGGCAAAAAUGCUCAGACUGUCUUUACCUCGGAUGGCAAGAAGAAGAGAAAGACCGAGAAGAAUGCAUACAAGUUCGACGACACACCAAAGGCGUUUGCGCGCUUGAUGCAACGCCAGCAACCGAAAUCUACACAGGACGAAAUCGAGGGCGAGUCCAAGACUGCCAGCAAGAAGCGCAAACGCCAGGAGGACAUCAAGCAAAAAGUCAAAGGAACAACAAUGGAGAUGCCCAAGAUUCAACCUGGCGAAAAGCUACGAGACUUCAACGCUCGUGUAGAUCAGACAUUGCCAGUGACUGGUCUGGCGCGAAAGGGCAACCAAGGCCUGGCACCUGGCGAGAAGGUCACACGGACAAAGACGGAGAAGAGAAUGCACAAGAUGUACGACGAAUGGAGGAAAGAGGAUCAGCGAAUCAAGGACAAGGCUGAGGAGGAGCAAGAGAAGCGCGAGGAAGAGGAGGAAGAACGAAAUGCACUAUACGGAGAGGACUCGGGCGUGCCAACUCUCUACGGCAAGAAGCGCCAAAGAAUGAUCGGCGAGUCCAAAGACAACGACGAUAUUUGGGCAGUGCUCAAGACGAAACGAGACAAACCCAAGGGCCUCCACGAUGUGGCACAGGCUCCUCCUGAGUUCACCGUGGUACCCAGGGAGAAGUUCAAGGUCAAGAACGGAGCCAGAGCAGAUGUGGCCGAUGUUCCAAAUGCUGCUGGUAGUUUGGCAAGGAGAGAGGAGCUCGGCGCGGAGAGAAAGAACAUCAUUGAGCAGUACAGAGCUCUGAUGAGAAAGGCAUCGGGAGAGUAG